GAAACCAGUGCUGUCCAGCUUUGAAAACCACUGCCCACUGGAAGGGUUUAAUCCAACUGACCAGGGAGACAUAGCCCCACCCACACCACUAGACUGUCUCCUAGACAGAGACCCUAGGGCCCAGCAUCCCCUGCCCUACAGCAUCAAGAGGUGCCUGAAGCCACACAUCCUCCAGAAGGCUGAUUACCAAAUAACUUUAAGGUUCAGGCCUAAGCCCAGGGAUGGUGAUUUAGGACAUGACUGGACCUGCCAUCAACACCCCUAUUGGACUUAAAGAUACUGGGGGUGGCCUGGAGGGAUCUCUGCAGUGAUUAACCAGAGUGCCUGCAGAGGCCCAGACAAGCAAGUCAGCUUUAGAAAGCAGAAAGAAGGGACCUCAGAGACCAAGGAAGAAAGAUGACUUGGGCCAGUUAAGUGGAGGCUCAAGGAGCCAAGAAGGGGUUCGAUGCAUACUAGGAUUGAAAACAUCAAGAAUUCUUCUUUGUGUGCCCCAGCUGCCUCUUACCUCCCCAAAGCCUAUCAUGUGAAUUCGUUCAUUCAGCCCGCUUUUCCAGCAUCUUGUGACCUCAUUACAUGGAGCCCACCACUAAUUUGGGAAGUUCUAGCAGAUUUCUGCCAAGAGCUAUGUGACUUUUGAGAAGUCACUCCACCUCUCUGAUAUUAAGUACAAGGAUCAGUCUUCCCAACUUACCUUUUGAGGUCUCUGAGAGGACGGACAAGUGUGGGCUGCAUUGCACUGGGACUCUAAUGAGCUGACCACUCUUCAGGAGGCUGGCCAAUGAGUGUGCUUGUGGGACCUUUUAGACUGACCAGGGAAAGGGGAGAGAGUACAGCUCACCCAGUCCUUCUCUCCAGAAGCCUGUCGUCAAGUAACAGUCACAGAAAGAUCACUCCAUCCAAGGAUACCUGUGCUCAGAAGCCCUGGGCCAGCAGAGAGACCCACAGGACGUGGGAGAAGGAAACGACCUGGACCAGAACACAGUCAUCUCCCAGAAUUGAAUCCCAAGCUCUUCCCUUCCCUUCUAGACCUCAGCUUCUUUAUCUGUGAAAUGGGGAGAGGAUAGCCCUCUAGAAAGGAGAGAGAAGUCUUCUAAGUGUAGGGUAGAGAACUGAAAGGCUGCUGGGGUGUGUACUGGCCAGCUCAGGACCUGGUCCAAGUACCUGAAGGGUCUGGCUAAGAGAUGCUAAGGAGGAGUGAGCACCCAGGGCCAGGGUCCCCAGAGGGAGGAGAAAUCACCCUCAGGGAGAGGUUCAGAUGAGGAGAUCAUUGGAAGACCUGUGCCUGGAAGUCCCCCUGCAGGCCUUCCCUUCUCUGGAUCAGGCUGGGCUCUGAUCUAUGGAUGGAGCCUGGAUUUGAUAGCAUCCUCUCCAUCCUAGUUAAUGAGGCUGGAGCGCCUCGAGCUUUGCUCUCAGCAAGAUGCCAGCACUGCCUGGUGCUCCAACCCAUGGACCAUCCUGCCCUUGAUUAACUGGUGCUGGGCUGGCAAGGGUGUGGUGUCCAUGGUAAAUACGGUAGAGAAGAUGAGGUCAUUAGUUCUUGGGGCUGAGUAAUCAAUUCUCAAAGAAGGCACAGGCACCAGACCCAGGGAGAGCUGGGGGAGAUUUGCUGACCUGGGCACUGGAGCUGGUCCCUUUGUGCAAGCUGCCAGCCCUCUCAUCCUACUCAUGACACUAGGCAUACAAUGCCAAGCCUAUGUGUUAUUACUGAAUUUCAGUCCCCAGACUUUUAGUCAUAGCUCAGUUUUUCUUCCAACCCGAUAUUGUGCAGUUAAGGUACCUAACCCUAUCUUGUCAUCUACUGGAGCCAACAGCAGGAGUGACAAGCUCAGGUCUAAGACUCUAAUCCAUAGCAGCCUGAGUAAGCCAGGAUCCUGACUCAGAACACAGAAGUCUGGAUCCUGACACACAUACCCCUCCCCCAACCCAUCUGGGAUAGAAAGCUUCCUCAGUUUCCUAGUAAACAUAAAGACAGGACAGAGCAUGCAAAAGUAGGAGAGAAACCCCCACACAUCAAUGUUCAGUUACAAAUGGAUUAAAGCACCCAAUAUGGAAUAUAUUAUAUCCCCUGCCUUAACCAGUACACUGUAUAUCAGCCCUCAAAAGGAUUCUUGGAUUCUCCAUCACAGGUUGUAGCUGUUAGUGGGGUUGGGAAGAGGACACUGCUCCCAGGCUCCCUUCUACCAUGCCUGCCCCCUUUUCUUCUCACCCCAUUCAGUUUCAACCCACAGCCUCUUUUGUGUGCGCAAGGGUGCACUGCCACCUUCAGGAGCAUGGAGCCAGAAGCAGGAGGGAAUUCUCCGGGCUAAAGGGGCACAUUUUCCAGCACGCACCUCUGGUGCUCCCACUUACUCCUCACCAGAUGGGAAGGGUGGUGCCCAGAGACACAGGACAGGAUUGCAAAGGGAGAGCAGCCUCAGAGCUCAGAAGGCCCCAUGCAGAAACAAGCCCCUGUUGUCCAAGGACACCGUUUCCUGUCCCUCCCUCCUGCUCUGUGACUCUAUUAGAAUGUACUCCUGUGUGCCAGAUUAAAUGCUGCUCAGUACAAUCCAAUUUUCUCUUGAUACAGACCAGAAAAAUCAUACACACACACACACACACACACACACACACAGCGCUAAAUAUCCAAUCGAGCCUACAGAUAAUAGAGAACAGCCAGCUCACUCCCAGUUUAAUCAGAUAAAAUGCCCAUUUAUCGGCUCCUGCCAAUGCAGACAUCCCGUAGUCAGCCGUCUGUGGGAGUGUGAGCACAGAGUAUUUAGUCUGCAUCUGUCUUUAAACCUUCAAGGGGGGUAUGGGGGACACUACACACAGGGGACUAAUUAUCCUUCCGCCCUUAGCCAGCUCUUAUUCAAACAGACAAAAGGGGGCUGCAGCCUUGGUGGUGCUAAGCCGGCAGCAGAAUUAUUUUUGCUCUCAGAUAUGCAAAUAUGUGGGCUUCGGGGACUGCAGUGAAUAGCGGUAGCUCAGGGAUUGCAAGUGGCUGUUUUAGGGGUACUGGAGGCAUCUCGGCUUCUGCAUCAGGCUCUGUGGACACCCCCUCCUGAUCCCUACUUUGCUGGUGGUGGGCUGUGAGGGUAGUGAUGAAAGCCUCUUGCUUUUGUCUCUCCUCCUCUUUAUGGGAUGAGAGACACUUAGGAAGCUCUGGGGACUGAGUCUGUUCUCCUCGGACCACCUCCUACUUGAGACACAGCCUGUCCAAAGCCCAGAUAUCCAUAUCCGCUUGCUAUCUUCCUUGGUUCCCCACCGUCCUCAGCUCUGCCUGAUGAGUCCCUAAGACUCUGAAGUCUGGGCCUAAGCCCUCCCGAGAACCCAGAAUAUUCUUCUCACAUCUAACACAGCUCUCGGCACCCGACCAAACAUCAAACACCCAGCCAGCAGCUUGCUAACCCAGGGUUCCUGCUGCCUGUUCAGCCAUCAGUCAGAGCUCAAAGAAAUCUCUAUCGUUUACUGUUAAGCAGGGAGAAUAUGCCAUGUCUGUGUCUGUGUAAGGAUUGGUUGCCUAGAAAGGGCUUCUCGGGCUAUGAAAUGCCUCUGGUUCUGGGUGAAGGGGACCAUUGAGGAAGGAAUCUUGGGAACCAGGUUUCAUCUCUCUCACUUUCCAAGAUCCUAUAUGACAGUGGUCGGGGCUGCCUUGGAAAAUCUUCACACCCCACUCUGUGACCACUUAGGGAAACCUGCAGCUGGAAAGGAAGAGGAUGUCACAGAGGCAGGGCACUGAGCAAGCUUGAUAAGACUGUCCUGGGUUUGAGAUGGGCAAGAGCCAUUCCCUGACACCCAAAGAGAAAAGCAAGGUACCCUAUUGUACUGGCUGGCUUUUGGUCGGUUUGAUACAAAUCUAGACAUAAACUGGGAAGAAGUCUCAGUUGAGAACAUGCCUCCAGACGGGCCUAUAGGCAAGUCUGCUGGGUUUUGUCUUGAUUGACGAGUGAUGCAGAAAGACUGCUGGGCAGGUGGUCUGAGCUGUAUAGGAAAUCAGGCUGAGCAAGCCUCCUUCACGAAGCACUCUUUCAUGGCCUCUGUAUCAAUUCUGCCUCCAAGUUCCUGCCUUGAGUUCUGGCCCUGAUUUCCCUGGAAGAUGUAAGCUGAAAUAAACCCUUUCCUCCCCAUGCUGCUUUUAGCCAUCAUGUUUUUAUCACAGCAGUAGAGACCUAAGUAAGACACCCAUUAAGCCCCGCUCCAUCACUGCCAGUUGCUAUUGGGUUUUCCCUGCCUGGAAAGAAAACAGGACUUGAUGCGUUAGUUACAUUUCUCAUCAUGUGGUGAAGUGCCUGGCAGAAGCAGCUUUAGGAGGACAGGGUUUAACCUGGGUCAUGAGCUGAGGGUUCAGUUGAUGGCCACAGGAGCAGGACACACCUGUCACAUCGCAUCCCUGGUGAGGAGGCAGAGAUGAGUGCUGUCGCCCACCUUCCUUUUUCUCCCAGAUCCUGUCAGACUGACAAUCAAAGUAGCCCUCACAGGAUUAACACUGGCUCGGGAUUCCUGCAGGAAGACAGGGAUAGGCAGGGCGAACCAUGAGGGGGCUAGGUGACAGGCCAGGUGAGAGGGAGAUCUCAAGGGACCUUGGAACCCUGAGCUGGAGCCUCACCAGGCCAAGACAGACACAAGGUUUCUGGAAGCUUGCCCGGCUUGCCAGGCUGUGGAUAGCCCAGAUGAACUGGAGGCUUUCAGCAGCGCAGGGCUGAGACAACCGAGGCCUGGGCUAAAGGCUGCCAAGGUGAGCUCUGUGAAAUCUGAUGGGUGCUAGGCUCAGAGUCCAGGUGGAGCCUGGGACAUUCCCCAUACCCAGACAGAACACCUAGAGCACUUACCCAAGGAUCUCUCAGGCCUACCAGCCUCUUUCUGAGAGAGCCCCUGGAGCAAGCGUGUCUGACCCUCUACAAAACUCAGACUCAAAAGUAGAAACAACUUAUACAUAUAUAUUACAUACAUAUGAUAUAUACAAAUUCAUAUCAAGAAAAUCUCAUAAUGUCUUGAGUAAGUGUAUAAGUUGAUGUUGAGCCACACUCGUAACUAUCCUAGAGGGGUGAGUCCUCUGGCCACAAGGCAGACAUGCCUGUUCUGAGUCUGCCCCUCCUGGAUCCCAAAAAGAGUGUUCCUCCUGUCAGCUAACCCGAGACUGACUAACAAAAGCCCUAGGGACCAGAUCCACUUUUAUCUACUGUACCUCCAGCUGCCCAUGACACCUAAGCCCCCUGUCACCUCAACUCAUCCACCACUACACACACACACACACACACACACACACACACACAGCACAAACACAUACACCACCACCACCAGGUUCAAGGGGAUCUUUGGGUCUCCAAAAGGCCCAAAUAUGCACCCAGAAAUCCUUCCCUCAGAGACCAGGCAGAGACCUCCAGGACCCCUCCCCUCCACAGCCCGGACCCAGGCUUUCUCUUCUAGCCAGAUGCCUCCCUGGGGACAAUGAAUAGGAAGCCACAAUCACACAGCUUCACAAGAAUAAUUCAGAGGAGGGGGUAAAAUUGCUUCCAAUUAAAGCCUGGACAAUAUGCUCUCCUAAAGAGAAUGUGCAAAGGAGCAAGUGGGUGACUCGCCAUCCCCACAGGAGCACAGCUGCUGUCCUCCAGGUCAGCUGACUGGCUGGUGUAGAAAGCUUCCGGGUGCUGAGUGUGGUGAGAAAGACCAGGGCUGUAAUUGCAGCUGGUGAUGCUGAUGAAGGGUCGGACAGCUCCGUGAAUAUAAUUGCUCUUUUGCUAAUUCACACCUAGAAGGCAGGAGCCAAUGAGUGAAGCCAAACCUGUCACUGGUGAGGCUGCAGUGGUCCUCACAUUAGCCAGGAGUGGGAGAGGUUGGGCCAUCGUUUUGUGGUUGGGACAAUACCUGUUCUCAGAUUUGGAUGUGCUGUACAACAGAAGAGCCCAAGGGUCCAGCCAUGGCCAGACAGCAUUAUAUUCAUAUUGUAUGAGCUGGACAUACAACCCUCUCCUCAUUGUAUAGGAGUAAACUGAGGCACAGAGAGAUUAGGUGUUCACUGGAGUUAACAGUAACUGGACAAAUUGAAUCAUGAAUGCAGAGCUCUCUGGCUCUGAAAUCCCUUUCACAUCCUUUCUUUAGCAGAGGAGCCUGAGCCCUGCCUGCUCUCUGGACACAUAGCCCCAGCCUGUCCCAGGCAUCCCAAACUGGGCAGCUUUCCUGGGAAGGCUCUGCAAGGCUGCUGUGGAUCAGCCAUUCCUGUCCAAGCUGGUCCCUAAGAGCCUAGAGGUGUGAAGGGUAAUGAGGCCCCGUAAUUAAGGCUUCUAGAGACAUGGCUGGGAGAUUUAUAGACAGGCUUUGUCAAUAACUGUGCUCUGGGCUGUGGAUCCAGCGAGACAUCGAUAAGUGCUCGUUAAGGCUUCUCCCUGCUCCCUGCCCUGUCCCCCGCCAGCCCCUCCCCUCCUGUCAGCCGCCUGUUCACAGCGCCUGUGUACCCAGGCUUUGCUCAAUUAAUUUGCACUUGUUGGCAGCAUCUGUGCUUUUCAUGUGUCCUUAUCAAGAGCUUCUGGGCCACGCAGCCCCCUCAGGUGGGCGCAGAAUAGACACAAGCAGCCUUCUUCCUGCAACCACGACUCUCAGGGAAGGUCAAUCUAGGAUCACCAAAGACAGAGACAUUGUUUCCUUUUCCCCCUCCCCCUCCUCCCUCUCCACCCCAGCUCCUCAACCUGGUGAACUAAGCUUGGCCUGAGGUCCUUGUAACCCUUCACCCCAACCUGACUCCAGCGGGCUGAGUCCUGGUCCUGCAGAGGAACCCCCUUCUCACACCCAGUGAUCUCAGAGCACAGGGGUCCUGGGGUUCCAGUUUGGUUUCAGCUCUGACCCCAAAACCUGGAUUUGAUGGGUCUUGGCUCUAAGAACAGGGACCCUUUGGGGUCACAGGACUGGAAAGGGACAAAGAAGCCAUGCCUGUUGAGCAAGGGCAGCCCAGGAGCCUAGGGUGGGACAGCUCCUCUGUGUGGGUAGGGCAGUCAGGACAAGCCAUGAUCUAGUGGCUCCAGCAUGCAGCCCAGAGAACCAAAGGAGCAAUGAGGCAGUAUUGUUGAGCUGUUCUUUCUGAAUAGACUGUCUUCACCAUCAGCAUGGAUUUUAAAAAAGAUGUAAUCCCAUUUUGUUUUUCAGGCUGGCCUGGAACUCUGUGUAGUCCAGGUGGCCUCCAUCUUCCACUUUGCCCGCCUACCUCUCAGGUGCUAGGAUUACAGGUGUGCACCACUCCAUCCCUCCUACAGCACAGCCUUCUGACCUGGGAGUUGUUAGAGCACUGACCUAGCUCUUGGAGGAACCUCUUGAUAAACUUGAUAAACUACUCACUAGGUCCACAAAAAAAAAAAAAAAAAAAAAAGCAACAAACCAAAGUCUCCCUAUAACUGUCUGGCAUCUUAUGUGCUACACAGGGCAAGGAACAACCUGUGGGUACUCCUCUACAGAUCACCCCAAAUCAGCCUAGUCUUCCUGUGGCUGGCCUGGGCUCCCAGGAGCUGGCUCAAGCAGCCAGGGGUGUGGUUGCCUCUCUCACUGCAGCUGUACUUGUUCUGUAUCUAGGGUUGGGCCCCCGAGGGUGCUCUCAGGGACAGCCUCCUGUCUCCUGCCAGAGCAGACUGAAGACAGUCACGUCUGGGGCCUGACUGCGCCCUGUGGAUGCCUCCACGUGGUACGUUAUUGAUGGUGCUUCUAAUUGUGCGUUUCCCAAAGUCUCCAGGCUUUUGAUGAAAAAUUCAUGGCACGCCCGAGGAUAGUAGAGCACUCGAUCGAUUGGCAGUGCAGCAGACAAGGGGUCCAAGGGGCCCCUCUGGGACAGCGGCUGGAGGCCGGCUGGAGAGGGGCAGCCACCAGUGGCAGAGUGCCCUCCUUCUAGGCUUCUGGUCCUACAUUUGUGGGAGAGAGAGGUGCACCACAGGAGGCAGCAGCCGGGGGAGAAGCCAAGAGGAAGGAUUGGGGUGGUUUUGAGCCUGUAUUUGGUGCUUACUGAGUGACUUACAGUCAGGGGACACACACACACACACACACACACACACACACACACACACACACACACAGACGCACGCACGCGCACACACACACAGAGUCUCAUACUCUCUUCCCUGUUGGAGAGUAUUGGGCCCUCCAAAGUCCCCCAUGAGUGACACAAAGAAGAAAUACUAUUUCUUUUUUUUUUCUUUUUUCUUUUUUUCGGAGCUGGGGACCGAACCCAGGGCCUUCCGCUUGCUAGGCAAGCGCUCUACCACUGAGCUAAAUCCCCAACCCCAGAAAUACUAUUUCUGAGGCCACUCCUAUGAGCCAUGGAGUGUACCCAGAGCGUCGGAGCUAUGUGUUGUCCCCUGAUAGCCCCAUUUGAUGGAGGACCACCAUGCAGAAUGGAACCCAGGCCUAGAGGUGUUGAGUGACCUCUCUGAGCUAAUUGUGGCAGAGUCUUUCCGCCUCACUAGGCCAGUUGAAUAGGAGUUACAGGGUGGGGUGAAUUGUUCCACUUCUUUGCCCAUCCCUAUUGCACUAAGAAAAAAAAGUGAAAAACAAAGCCAGCAAACCAGAAUAAGUGAGUCUUCCCCAGUCCAGCCUAUGCCAGCAAUACUGACAGGGCCAGAGGCCUCUGCGGAUAAGGAUUCUGAAGGAGAGGUGUCUGACUCAGACUAUUCCACACCACCCCAGAGGUUCCAGGGAACCCUUACAGUCAUCUAUGCCUGUGGCAAACCCGUACUACAUCUUUACAACGUCCCUGUUUCUGCCAAGGCAUCUUGUUGGUCGCUGGUGGGGUCCUAUCAUGAAAAGCUGUAAGCCACACAUGCCUGGGACAGACAGGCUAAGUAACAGCACCACCCCCACCCCACCCGAUGUCCAAGGAGGGGGUUGUGUAGCUCAGGCAGCCGUGGACAGCCCUGCCUCUGUGACCCUGCGUUUCUAGGUAGUGGGUUGGGGUGUUUGGGUUUGUUUUCCUUUGCUUCCUAGAGAGUUCCUUUCAAAAACAUCCACCCACGUCUGCACUGAACUAAAAGGAAAGGAAUUUGUCCAGACCGUCAGGAAAACAAAGCUGGAGGCCUCUGGGGUGUGGAGCCUUGUGCCUGUUGGGAGGAGGGUGAGCCCAGCUUAGGCUGCUGGGGCCUGGGUGCAGCUAGAAAGGUGCAGGGAGAUUCAGGGAGACAAAAGGUGAGACCGGUGAGUGAAAAAGCCUGGAGAAAGAAACAGAAGGGGACAGUCCGACAAGACAGAGCAGGAGGACAGGGUGUAGGGAGGGUUUUCAAGUGGCAGUAUCAGAAGCCUAAGGUUCUGAAGGACCCCCACUGCUCUCUCUAGGCCUGUCAUUUCCUUGCAAUUCCCUGGCCUAGCCCAUUCUAUCACCCCAUCCAAGAGUCCCCCACCCCAGGACAAAAGAAAGAGGCCCCACGAUUUGCCUCCUGCUUGCUACAGGGCUAGGCCCAGUCACCAAGCAGACACUUGUUGUAGCAACAGUCCCCGAGGACCCAUCCCGAGGAACAGAACUGCUAUCAGCACAGAUGGGGGAGCCAGGAGACCCAGCCCCUCCAGCCCCCAAGGUUGCCCUGGGCCUAGUUGAAAGCCGCUCUGAGAUGAACAAUUACCGGCGGGCCAUGCAGAAGAUGGCCGAGGACAUCCUGGCACUGAGGAAGCAGGCCAACAUUCUGGAGGAGGAGAACCGCAUGCUAAGGAGCCACCUGACCCAGCAGAGCAUAGAAGAAGAGCAAAACAGAGCUGAAGAGGAGAACCUGGCAGUGUCCAUGAAGCAGAGGCUUCUGCUGAAUGAACUGGAUAUGAAGAGGCUGCGAGACAGGGUGCAGCACCUGCAGAAUGAGCUGAUUCGGAAGAAUGAUAGAGAGAAGGAGCUGCUGCUUCUCUACCAGGCUCAGCAGCCACAGGCUGCCCAGCUGAGGCGGUACCAGGACAAGCUGCAGAAGAUGAAGGGCCUAGAGGACACUGUGCGGCACCAGGAGAAGGUGAUCGAGAAGAUGGAGCAGAUUUUGGAGGAAAGGCUCCACGAGAGGAAGGAGCCAGCACCAUCAAACAGGCCACAGGGGAAGCCUAUCAUGGAUGCAUUUGCUCCCCAAGCCUCUGGCAUUCCCCUGGGCCCUGCAGGAGAGAACCUGGCUAUGGAUCUUUAUUCCAUGCUGCUGGCAGAAAACACGAGGCUGAGGACAGAGUUGGAAAAGAACCGUCAGCAGUCAGCCCCCAUCAUUCUGCAGCAGCAGGCCCUCCCGGUGGAUCCCGGGGAGUUGGGAGCAGGUGGAGACUUGGCAGAGAGGCUACAAGACACAAAUGGCCCAGGCCACUCCAAGUACACAGAGACCAUGCCAGCACAGGAUUUCCUUGGUGGAACUUCAGACAAGUUUAGCCUCUUGGCCAAGCUAGAACAGGCUCAGAGUCGGAUUUUGUCCCUGGAAAACCAGCUGGAGGAGUCAGCUCGCCACUGGGCACGAGAGAAGCAAAAUCUAGCCAUUCGGCUUCAGGAGCAACAACACGGCUUUGGACAGUCACCAAACUCCAUCAUUGUAGACCAGCCUCACUUUGCUCGCAGCCAAGGCUCUACCACCCCUAGACAGAACCUGAAGGAUGAGGGGUAUCCAGGGAACAUAGAACGACCUCUGCAAACUCAUCUAACACCAGGGACCAGAGAUAUUAGGCAUCACCUUCGGUGAUAAAAUAGGCUCCAGUGUUAUUCAGAAGUCACAGCCUACUGGGUUUUGGAGUCUCAGAAGCCUGACUUGCCAGGUAAGAUGCCCUGAGGUAAUGUACCCUUGGAUCAGGGAUGUACUCAUCUGUCCUGCUUGUCACAGAAUGCUGGAGCAGCCAAGGAUCCUCAGCUGCCCUCCAAACCAGAAGCCUCCCUGCCCAGCUCAGAUGCAAAGCUCAUCAGACCCUCAAACUCCCAGACUGAGGGCUCUCACCCCCAGAAGACCUGAGACUGGAGCAGACCCCCUCCUCCAUGUGCUGGGGACUCACCCACCCCCAAAGAUGUCUUUAGUAAAUGCUGUAAGUCAGUAA